CAAAAAAACAAAAAAACAAAAAAAACAACGACAACAACAAUGUCGUUUGGAAUUGGAGCUCCCAACCACGUUCGGUGGUACGACAUGAAGAGAGCCGACAAGUUUCGGCGGAGGCAGAGAGACGUGAGAGCCUCAAUCGGCGUGGCGGUGGAGAAGAACAACGACAAGCGAUUCUCCAUCUGUACGGCCGACGAGCUUCACUUCGUCGCCCUUCCCAACUCCGAUUGGCGACUCGCUCUCUGGCGCUACCUUCCUUCUCCCAAGGUGCAGAGAAGGAAUCAUCCGCUGUUGCUUUUAUCUGGAAUAGCGACGAAUGCCAUUGGAUACGAUCUCUCUCCCGAGUGUUCAUUUGCUCGUUACAUGUCUGGCCAUGGAUUUGAUACUUGGAUUCUUGAACUCAGAGGUGCUGGAUUGAGCACUCUUGGUGUGGACUUGGACAAAGUUAAGCAGCCCAUCUCCGAGAACAUAAAUUUCUCACGCAAUUAUGGAAAAGACGGUGUCUCUCCUUCAGGGUGGAAAUCCACUGUAAACCUUUAUGCUUUUGCUGAUUCUGAUAUUUCUGCUGUGGAAAAGAGGACACAUACCAUGUUGGAUAAACUGCAAUUGGGAUUGACACAAACUUUUAUGCCUUUCUCUGAGAGAAUAUCAAGUUUUCUUAAUGAGGGUAUGUUGGGAGCCUGUCAAAAUUCUGUUAGCCAAAUUACUGAUCCUAGUCAGUGGCUUGUAAAUAUCAUAAAAGAAAGUCAAAUAUUAGUCCCUUCGCAGUUUCUGGGUGCGGCAGAGAACUUUAAUACUACUUUAGAAGAUCUGCAGCAACAGUUUGAGCUAAUCUUCAAGUGUGACUGGGAUUUUGAUCACUUUCUUGAUGAAGAUGUGCCUGCUGUGAUGGAGUACAUAAGAAAUCAAUGCAAACCAAAGAACGGCAAGUUGCACGCAAUUGGUCACUCAAUGGGGGGUAUCUUGCUAUAUGCUAUGCUCUCAAAAUGCAGUUUCAAAGGGAACGAUUCUGGAUUGGCAUCAGUAACUACAUUGGCAUCCUCACUUGACUACUCAACUUCAAGAUCAUCACUCAAAUUACUUUUACCCCUGGCAGACCCUGCACAGGCUCUAAAUGUUCCUGCCAUUCCUGUAGGCGCAAUACUAGCUGCUGUUCAUCCUUUUGUAUCCCGUCCUCCUUACGUUUUGUCUUGGCUGAAAGGUCAAGUUUCUUCUGAAGAAAUGAUGCAACCAGAGUUGUAUGACAAGCUUCUUUUGAACAACUUUUGUACUAUACCUGCUAAGCUCCUGUUGCAGCUAGCAUCGGCUUUCUACAAGGGCGGUUUACGUGAUAGGAAUGGGACAUUCUUUUACAAGGAUCAUCUACACAAAACCAAUGUACCUGUACUAGCCAUCGGAGGAGACCAGGAUCUAAUUUGUCCUCCAGAAGCCAUUUAUGAAACAGCAAAGCUCAUUCCUGAGCAUAUGGUAACUCUCAAAAUUCUUGGAGAACCCGGUGGCCCUCAUUAUGCUCACUACGAUGUCGUAGGAAGUCGUCUGGCCCCAGACCAAGUUUAUCCUCAUAUAACUAAAUUCCUCAAUCAUAACGAGAGGGCUUGAUUCUUCUAAGGUUCUACCCUUGUUUCCUGUACACAAGUGACAAUAAAUACCAUUUUUUUUUUCACUCGAUUAGAAAGCGAACCAGUUAAUUAUACUCAGAAGACGGUCAAAAACCUUAUGGAUAUAGGAUCUGUCACUACUGCAGAUUGUUAAGAAACAAGAUAGCAAAUAGUAUGAUACAAUUAAUGCAGCAGUUAAAAUACAUCUGCAAGAAGCUACAAGCUUCUUGUUCUAGCAGUUUAUGGGGUAAAAUAUAUACAAGUCCUUGUAACAGUAUUAUCCACUUAUUACACAAACAUUUAUGAGAACUUAAUGUUAAAAAGUGUCUUGUCAAGGUUUGUAUCCUUGGCUAAUAGAUAUGUAUGUCAAACACUUGUAUGGAAUCCAUUUAUAGCCUUAUAAAUCUUCAUUUUCCUAUCAUUUUCAGAGCUUCAGUGAAUUAAUUACUAUUUUGCUCGUUCGUUUGAAUCCGACGUGUUAAUGA